AAAAAAAUCGCCUUGACAUUGUGUUUGUCCUGGUUAUUACAUAACUUUAACUGCGGGGAUGUGCAUAUAUGUACAUGUGUGCAUGCAGUCAUGCGUGAAAUACAAGCGUGCUCUUUUGUACUCGGCGACGCCGUGCGCUGCUACUGCUAGCUAUCCGUUCUUUGCUUUAUAAAAAUAUCCGGAUUUGUGGAACGCUUUAACGCUGGGAAUGUUUUGUAAACCUUUGUAAGUUGAACCGGUACCAACCUCACUCUCCUGCGGCCUGUUGGACAGCUGGGAAAUAAAAGAACAGGUAGGCCUAUGUCAAGUUUCGGCAAAGUUAAAAUUUAAAGGGGAGAAAGUUGAAGCAUGGUUGAAGCAUGGAGAUCUCUUUAAUCAUCAACAAAAUAUUGAUUCCAAGAAACCCCAAGUGUUGAUUAUAGAGACAUUAUGGACUUCAUCUCUGGACUGGGAGCAAAGGUGGCGUAUGUUUAUGAACUGCUGGAAGCACAAGGUGAUCCAAGAGUUGAGAACUGGCUUUUGAUGAAAUCACCCAUCCCUAUAUCGUGUAUUGUCAUUGGUUACUUGCUGGUUGUAUGGCUAGGACCGAAGCUUAUGGCUAACAGAAAUGCUCUUCAGCUCAAGCCCAUCUUGGUGUUGUAUAACUUUUUCCUGGUGGGCCUGUCAAUUUACAUGUUUUAUGAGUUUCGAGUGACAUCAUGGAAGGCAAACUAUAGCUACAGGUGCCAACCUGUGGAUUAUUCCAACAGCGUACUUGGAAUGAGGAUGGCACGAGUCUGUUGGUGGUAUUUCUUCUCCAAGGUUAUAGAAGUCAUGGACACAAUCUUCUUCAUCCUGCGCAAGAAGAAUAACCAGCUAACAUUCCUGCAUGUGUACCAUCACAGCAGCAUGAUGGUCAACUGGUAUCUGGGAGUCAAACUCAUCGCUGGCGGACAAUCAUUCUUUUUAGCAAUGUUAAACUCCUUUGUACAUAUCAUCAUGUAUUCCUACUAUGGGUUGGCUGCCUUAGGACCGGGAAUGCAGAAAUAUCUCUGGUGGAAACGUUACAUGACUCAGAUACAGUUGAUGCAGUUUUUGGCAGUCAUCAUUCAUACUGGAUACAACAUCUGGGUAGACUGUGAUUUCCCACAGGGUUUUAAUUACGCAGUAUUCCUGUACUCUAUAUCUCUGGUUGCACUCUUUGGAAACUUUUACUUAAAAGCAUACACAACUAAGCAGGAAAAGUACAGAGUAUAGAUGUCUGAGGACCUUUGGGGUUUUUUUCAAAGGAUGCAGUACCAUCGAUAUACAGAGCAACAUCUGUACAUAUACAGUACUCUGCAAUUUGCAGAACUAAGCAGGCAAAAAACAAACAAACAAACAAACAAACAAACAUGAACCAACAAUUCCUAACAAAUUUUAGGAAAAUUGGCCCUCGCAUAUGGAAAUUAGGAUGGGGGCACAAUGUGCCCACUCCCCCUUGUCCUUAAGGACCCAACAUAACCUUGACCUGAUAAAGUUACAAUUAAAAACUUGAACUAUCUUGCAUUCCUGCAGUGAUGACUUACCACCACUGAUUUUCUGCGAUGUCUUUCAAUAAUGUGGUACAUUAUAAUGCUUUUCAUGAAUAAAUUAUCAUUCCAAAAAUUCUUCAUUAUCCAAAUUUACGCUCCUUUCAGAUUUAGACAUUUAAGAGCAACUAUGGUUGCAGUCAAUCCGAAUGACUCUAGACUCUACACUUAUUGCGGGAGACACCUAAAGUAAUUAAACUAUGUCUUUCAUGACUUUCUUAUUAAUGUGAUUUCACUUAAUAUUCAGAUUAAGCUGGCGAGAGUUGCAAGGCACCGAAAAUAAACUGAUUUCAUAAGUUUCCCAUGAUCGCACUGAUUAUUUUAUGUUGAUUAGUAAAUUUGUUGGCAUAAAACAGAUUGUCUUUUUUUAAGUAUGAACUAAAAAAAAGAAGAGCUUAAUUAUUCAAUGCGGUUUAAUCGCCAAAUAAAACUUGAAUACCAGUGUAAUUGUUUUUAUACAUUUCAGUUACACCUGUUUAGUCAGAUUUAAUAUGAAAUUAGCAAUUGAAUUUUACUUAGAUUGAUUUAGUGUACACACCAGAUUUUUCCAUACUCUUCAGGGUUUUUUGCAUCUUAUUAAAUCCCACAGACUUUGUACAAUUUUGUUCUACACGUAGGCGGCAUGGUAGUCAUUUCUGUAUAAAGCUCCAAGAUCUUGAUUCAUGAAGACUUAUGUCAUGAUGGCAUCAUGUGGAAUGUGACUUUAUCUUGGAGGUUCAUUUCAAGAACUAUCAAUUCGAACAUCUGAAACUUUGUGUGCAGAAAAAAGGUUUUGCUAGCACUUAACCUAUAGGCGUAUAUCACUUCCAGUGAAGCAUUUCAGUUCUGUAAAGAUACAAAGCUAUACUGUAACAGAGGCGACUUUUACUUGUAUUUCAUCUUUUGUUUUGUUUUCGGAAUAUACAUUUUACUGUAUUAAUUAUAGUGAUAAUACCCAUGGUUAAUUGUAGUUGCCAUUUUGAGGUUUACAAUUGUGUCUCAUAAUAAUAAUAUUGUGACCACUUUUCUUAAGUAACCCGUGGUGCCCUCUAAUAAACUGAAAGCGCCGCCUAGUUCCAGCUCUUUUUUUUACAAGGCCCUCAUGUGCAUUUUAAGCGUUUAUUAAUUAUACAUGUACAUAUUUGAUUUACACAACACUUGAUAUUUAUUUGGACUUUCGCGUAAAUACUUUUUCAAUAUUCGAUUUUAUGAGACGUUUUGCCAGUGAUUUAUCAUGCAAUAAACAAAUAACAAAUUUUGA